AUCGUCUUUAAAGCUAUCGAUAUCAAAUCAAUAUGUCGAUCGGCUCGACGCUUCCGGCGCAUAAUCUCCACCUGUUUCAGGCCCGGCGGGCCGACUUUCAGCGCACCGGUUCUCGUCUCAACCCCCUGAACCGGCCGGAUUUCAGUUGCAAGGCUGAAAGCUUGUCCACCAAAUCCACCAGAAAGCACCUCUCUAAUCUAGAUCGGCUUCUGCAGAAGCAACCCGACCCGAACCCGCCCGACCCUGAACCGCCACGGAAGGAAUCCGGUGAGAACAGGGGGAGAGGGAUUUUGGAAGGACUGAGUCUGGCCAGAGUUUGGCCGGAAAUGAAGGCGGCGGAGGAGAUGUCGCCGCGCCAUCUGAACCGGCUGCAGCGGCUGCUGUCCAAGUCGGCGGAGUACUCUCCCCGGAAUUGUCUCGGCGGCCGGUGGCGGGAGUACCACGGGAACAACGACUGGGUCGGGUUACUUGACCCGCUCGACGAGAAUCUCAGACGGGAGGUCGUCCGGUCCGGCGAGUUUAUUCAGGCGGCUUACCAUUGUUUCCAUUCCGAUCCGGCGACGUCGCCGGAGGAGGUUCUGUGGCCGCGCCACGUGGCGCUCCCUGAUAAGUCCUAUCGUGUGACCAAGAGCCUCUACGCGACGGCGUCGGUCGGGCUGCCCAAAUGGGUCGAUGACGUGGCGCCGGAUCUCGGGUGGAUGACGCAGCGGUCCAGCUGGGCCGGGUACGUGGCGGUCUGCGACGACCGGCGGGAAAUCCAACGGAUGGGAAGGCGAGACAUCGUCAUCGCCCUCCGAGGCACCGCCACGUGUCUCGAGUGGGCGGAGAACGUCCGCGAUUUACUCGUCCCGAUCUCCGGCGACGGCGGCGAACAAUUGCACGCCAAAGUCCAAUGCGGCUUCUUGAGCCUAUUCAAAACACGUGGCGCUCACGUGCCCAGCCUCGCCGAAUCGGUGGUGGAGGAAAUCCAACGGCUGACGGAGAAAUACAAAGGCGAAUCUCUGAGCAUAACCGUCACCGGCCACAGCCUCGGCGCCGCCCUCGCGCUGCUCGUCGGCGACGAAUUGAGCACCAGCUGCUCGCCGGAGAUGCCUCCGAUCGCCGUCUUCUCGUUCGGCGGCCCCCGCGUCGGAAACCGCGGAUUCGCCCGCCGCCUGGAGUCCAACAACGUGAAGGUCCUCCGGAUCGUGAAUUCCCAGGACGUGAUCACCCGAGUCCCCGGAAUGUUAGUCAGCGAGGAUCUCGACCGCAAGCUCCGGGAGAUCGACGGCGCCGGAAAAGUGCUGGACGCGCUGGACAACAGCAUGCCGUGGGCGUACGCGCACGUGGGGACGGAGCUCCGGCUGGACACGAAGAUGUCGCCGUUCCUGAGGCCGGACGCUGACGUGGCGUGCUGCCAUGACCUGGAGGCGUAUCUGCACUUAGUGGACGGCUACUUGGCGUCGAAUUGUCCCUUUAGGGCUAAUGCUAAGAGGAGUCUGUGGAGGCUGGUGAACGAGCAGAGGUCGAAUAUUAAGAGACUGUACACCAGCAAGGCCGCGGCGGCGCUCACCUUGAAGAAUGUGUGUGGCGCGGCGGAGGCCGCCGGAGACGCCGACAGGAUAGGCAGAUCUCUGUCCAUGUCCGGCUGAGCUGAAUGGCAUCGACUCAGUAGAAACACAGACAGCAAUUCAUCCCUAUGUCGUUGUUUUUGUUGUUGUCCUGGAAUGUAAUCUUCUUGAAAUAAUUGACAAAGAAGUUACGCUGCAAAUUGGAUGUGUACAUUAUACAUACAUGCAAUUUUAUUUAAGAUUAAGAUUAAUUCAUAUUAGUUUACGAUACUAAAUUUGGAUUGGGAUUUUUGA